AUGCUUCGUCAGAUUGGUGUUGAUUGUCCAAGAACUGUUCCUGAUGUUCCAUUCUUCCAGCAGCAGCGAAGUUCAGAAAUCAUUGGAACGGCCAUUCGACAUCCUGCAAGUGGAUAUGUUCAGGGGAUAAAUGAUCUUGUUACACCAUUUUUGAGGCUGACUGCUACUGGUGCUAGUGAAAGUUGGACUAUGUGUUUCGAGAACAUUCCCUUAAAAAGCAAGGCGCCUGUUAAAGAAGAUGAAGUUGAGGAUGAAAUUAAAAUUGCCGAGUCAUUGCAAUUUAACUUCAACACAAUACAAGUUGCUACAGAAGACUUCUCUGAUUCUAAUAAACUUGGACAAGGUGGAUUUGGAGUUGUUUACAGGGGUAGGCUCUCUAAUGGGCAGAUGAUUGCAGUUAAAAAGUUGUCAAGAGAUUCUUGCCAAGGAGAUACCAAAUUUAAGAAUGAGGUGCUUUUAGUGGCCAAGCUUCAGCUCCGAAAUUUAGUUAGGCUACUUGGUUUCUGCUUGGAAGGAAAUGAAAGGCUACUUGUCUAUGAAUAUGUUCCUAAUAAAAGCCUUGAUUAUUUCACAUUUGAUCCAAACAUGAAAGCACAAUUGGAUUGGGAAAGUCGUUACAAUAUCUUCAGUUGUGGUGUACUAGUUCUUGAGAUUUUAAGCGGCCAAAAAGACAGUGGCAUUCAUCAUGGGGAGAAUGUUGAGGAUCUACUAAGUUUCGCAUGGAGAAGUUGGAACGAGCAGACAGCUAUAAAUAUUGUAGAUCCAUCAUUAAACAACAAUUCACGAAAUGAAAUGAUGAGAUGUAUUCAUAUUGGUUUACUUUGUGUUCAAGAAAAUUUAGUGGACAGACCAACCACGGCUACCAUUAUGCUCAUGAAUGCUAACAAUGUAACCCCAACCAAGGACAACACACAGUUGCUAAGAAUUUAA